AUGGGAAGGCAGCGCUCCCGGAGCAAGCUCCGUGAGAAAGCGGAGAAUAGUGGUGAAGGUAGCUCGUGCGUACCUAUCACAAAUAGGUACGCUACUCUUCCCACCGAUGUUGGGAAUGCCCUACCAGCGGAAGUGAAGCGGACGAAGAAAAGGAAGAAGAAUCAGGGCCAGUCCGAUGGUGCGAGUGGCCGUGACACCAUGACGAACGUCAGCGACAUCGGUGAAUUCGGCGUUACCGUCGAGCAUGAAAAUUCUGCCGUCCCGAGUACGGCAAAAGUCAAGCUUCCUCCACUGGUGGUGAUGAAAGUGCCACUCAACACGCUCAUUAGCGAUCUCACAUCGCUGGGCGUUGCAGCUGAAUUCAAGCUGAGCAGGAUCGGCACCAAGGUGAUGCUGCGUACCAAAGCGGAGUACGAAGCAACCGUGAAGUACCUGAAGGAUUCCAGGGCGGAAUACUUCACACAUGACAUCCCCGGUGAGAAGCCCUUCAAGGUAGUCAUCAGGGGCUUACCGAACUUCAACCCCAAGUCGAUCGAAGAAGAACUUAAGGACCGUUACAAGCUAGCCCCAAUCGCAGUCUUCCGGAUGACGAGGAGAGACGAAAACGUGAAAACGUACCCGGAUUGCCUUUUCCUGGUUCAUUUCCAGAAGGGAACGGUGACGCUCAAUGCGUUGAAGGCCAUCCGCUCCAUCAACUUCAUCAUUGUUCAAUGGGAGCCAUACCGUGGCGGCCGUCACGACGUCACCCAGUAUCCCAAUCUCGGAGACAAAAUAUGUGCCACCUGCUGUUUGGAAGCGAAUCGCCUGCAGCAGCAUCGUCCUUGUCAGCCUAUGGAAGUUUCAGACGACGAAGAUGAGAUUAACGUGGAGGAAGUAUCGAUGUUUGAAAAUGUUGCUGAUAGAGACUACAAUAACAUGGCAGACAUUCUAUUGCGACUUGGAAAGCAGAAACUCUGUGUCAGAGAGUUUCGACCCGAUGGCUACAACUGA